ACAAUGUGGCUGUUACUUGUUCUGUUGGGUGUGGCCUUGGUGUCUGCUCAUUCUUCGGUUGAGCAGUUGGAAGGCAAUAAAGUUUUCCGUGUCAGUGUCGAAGAUGAAGACCACAUCAAGUUAAUUCAUGAGCUGGCCAGAGCCCACCAGAUUGACUUCUGGAAGCCAGAUUCAGCCACACAAGUCAAACCUCACAGCUCGAUUGACUUCCAUGUCAAAACGGAAGACUCAGCCAUGGUGGAGGACUUCCUGGGGCAGAAUGAGCUGCAGUACGAGGUGCUGAUCAACAACCUGAGACACGCGAUGGAGGCUCAGCUGGACAGCCUGGGCCGCGCCACGGGACACAGCUACACCAAGUACAACAACUGGGAAACGAUAGAGGCUUGGACUCAGCAAGUGGAAGCCGAGAACCCGGACCUGGUCUCUCGUAGUGUCAUUGGGACCACCUUUGAAGGACGAAACAUGUACCUCCUCAAGGUCGGCAAAGCUAAACCCAAUAAGCCAGCUAUCUUCAUAGACUGCGGAUUCCAUGCAAGAGAGUGGAUUUCUCCUGCAUUUUGCCAGUGGUUUGUAAGAGAGGCUGUGCGCACCUACAGAAAAGAGAUCCAAAUGACCUCACUUCUGGACGAGCUGGACUUCUAUGUCCUGCCUGUGGUCAACAUCGACGGCUACGUCUACACCUGGACCAAGGACCGCAUGUGGAGGAAGACCCGCUCUGUCCAGGCUGGAUCUUCCUGUGCUGGUGUCGACCCCAACAGAAACUUCAAUGCUGGAUGGUGCAAAAUUGGAGCUUCUCGAAGCCCCUGUUCUGACACUUACUGUGGACCUGCUCCAGAAUCUGAGAAGGAGACCAAGGCCCUGGCGGAUUUCAUCCGCAGCAAGCGCUCCUCCAUCAAAGCGUACCUGACCAUCCACUCCUACUCACAGCUGCUGCUCUACCCUUACUCCUAUGACUACCUGCUGCCUGAGAACAACAAGGAGCUGAAUGCCUUGGCGAAGGCUGCGGUGAAGGAACUCGCCUCCCUGCAUGGCACCAAAUACACCUAUGGCCCCGGAGCUACAACAAUCUACCCUGCCGCUGGCGGCUCUGAUGACUGGGCUUACGAUGAGGGGAUCAAAUAUUCCUUCACCUUUGAACUCCGGGACAAAGGCAGAUACGGCUUUGCACUUCCUGAGUCUCAGAUCCGCCCGACCUGUGAGGAGACCAUGCUUGCUGUCAAGUACAUCGCCAACUAUGUCCUCAAUAACCCAUACUAGCCACGAGUGCCGGGUAGCCCACUGUACGAUGAUCUGUCCACUUCUCUCUAUCCUGAAUUCUCAUCUCCAUGGGGCUGAAUGAAGGUUGUAUACUUCCUAAUCUUUCUUUUCUUAAGCUUCUGGGUCUAUUAAACUACUUGGGUCUUUUUAAACUGGUGAUAAUAAAAGUGAAUCGCUGU